AUGUCAGAAGCCACUCCCUCCCCCGCGCAAGGCGUUGGCCCCAUCUACAGGCCCGAUGGCGAAAAGCCCACAGCGACAGUAUCUAAAGACAUAUCGUACGAAAAUGUCCACGUUUUACCUCAGUCCCCUCAGCUGAUCGCUCUUUUGACCAUGAUCAGAGAUAGAAGGACUAGCCGUGCCGAUUUCAUCUUCUACUCAAACAGGAUCAUACGCCUCCUGGUGGAGGAGGGGCUCAAUCACCUGCCAGUGGUUGAACAAUCGGUCACGACACCUGUAGGUCGCGUCUAUCUCGGAGUCCGGUUCGAAGGGAAAAUAUGCGGCGUUUCCAUCAUGAGAGCAGGAGAGGCGAUGGAGCAGGGUUUGAGAGAUUGUUGUCGUUCUGUCCGAAUCGGAAAAAUCCUUAUACAGAGGGACGAGGAAACUUGCAAGCCAAAACUGUUCUAUGAAAAGCUCCCUGGUGACAUCGCAAAUCGAUGGGUGCUUCUUCUUGAUCCUAUGUUUGCAACAGGGGGCUCUGCAACACUUGCCGUUGAGGUCUUGAAAGCAAAGGGGGUUCCGGAGGACCGCAUUUUGUUUCUUAACCUUAUCGCAAGCCCUUCAGGCGUUGCAGAUUUUGCUGAACGCUUUCCAAAACUCAGAGUAGUGACUGCUUUCAUAGAUCAAGGCCUAGAUGACAAAAAAUACAUCAUACCAGGGCUUGGUGACUUCGGCGACCGCUAUUACACGCUGUAG